AUUUACCACAUUUUUUCAUUUUUGCCACUGCCCUCUCUCCCCUUCUUCUCGUAGUUCAUCAUCAUCACCACCAUCUUCAUCUCAACAAAAUCCACCAAAUUGAAGAAAAAAAUAAACCAAACUUGAGAUCAACCCACUUCAAGAUUUGCUGUCAAGGUGCCAAUUGUCACAAACCAACAAAAAAGAAAGAAAGAAAAAGGAAUAAAAAUGCCAUCUCACACCCUCCCAAUAACCAAUCGUUCAUUGGGUUCUACAAUUCCAACUCCUCCUCCUUCUUCUUCUUCUGUUGCCACCACAAUGUUGCUCGGAGCAGCGAAGAAGAACGUGGAAGAUGAUGACGAUGACCCAUCAGCAAGUCUCUUACACUCUUCUUCAUUCAAUGGCAUCAACAAAGUCACCAUGCCCAUCAAGCCAUUUCUAUCAAGGGCUUCGAGUUUCACCUCCAUCGAUAACAACAACAACAAAGCUUCGGUGGUUGCUCCUUGUUUCUACCAGAAACGGCGAAGGCGUACUGCCAGUGAAGAUUCCUUGCCUUCCUCCGCCAUCUCCAAUGGCAGUGAUCGCAGCAGGUCGUCUUCUUUUGGCAAUGAUGUUAGGCAUGUUGCUUCUGAGACUUUUCUCUUGACGCGCCUCGGGUUAAAGAUGUUGAGAUACCUUGGGGUAGGCUAUAAAUGGAUUACAAGAUUUCUUGCCCUGGGUUGUUAUGCAUUGUUGCUUUUUCCGGGCUUUAUUCAAGUUGGAUAUUACUAUUUCUUCUCCAGUCAGAUACGCAGAAGCAUAGUUUUUGGAGAUAAACCACGGAAUAGGCUUGACUUAUAUUUGCCUAAAAAUAGUAAUGGUCCGAAACCAGUUGUUGCUUUUGUUACUGGUGGAGCCUGGAUUAUUGGUUACAAAGCAUGGGGUUCUCUUUUAGGUCAACAGUUAUCGGAGAGAGAUAUAAUUGUGGCAUGCAUAGAUUACAGAAAUUUUCCUCAGGGCACCAUCGGUGAUAUGGUAACUGAUGCUUCUCAAGGUAUCUCAUUUGUGUGCAACAAUAUUGCAGAAUAUGGAGGUGACCCUAACAGAAUUUACCUAAUGGGGCAGUCAGCUGGGGCACAUAUUGCAGCAUGUGCAAUUGUCGAGCAGGCAAUCAAAGAGGCUGGUGAAGGAGAGAGUACUUGUUGGAGUCUUUCCCAAAUAAAGGCUUAUUUUGGUUUAUCUGGAGGGUAUAAUUUGUUUAACCUUGUAGAUCACUUCCACAGUAGAGGUCUCUAUCGUUCCAUCUUCGUAAGCAUAAUGGAAGGGGAGGAAUCCCUGCGACGGUUUUCUCCAGAAGUAAUGGUUCAAGAUCCAAACUUUGGAAAUGCUGUUUCUCUACUACCUCCUACUGUUCUUUUUCAUGGUACUGGAGAUUAUUCCAUACCAUCUGAUGCCAGUAAAUCAUUUGCUGAAACUCUUAAAAGAGUUGGAGUCAAAGCUGAGUCAAUUUUAUAUGAAGGGAAGACUCAUACAGACGUAUUUCUACAGGAUCCAAUGAGAGGUGGCCAGGAUGAUAUGUUCGAUGAUUUAGUGGGAUAUAUCCACGCUGGUGAUGCUGAGGCCCUUGCCAAAGAUGCCGUGGCUCCUCCAAGGAGACGACUAGUACCCGAAUGCAUGUUAAAAUUAGCUCAUUGUGUCAGUCCUUUCUAGCUAGCACAGAAUGAUUUCAUUCAUUGUUGUUUUUUUUCCUUGCCUUGUAAAUAGUCCUUAUUGUGGCUUGCUAGAUUACUUUUCAACGUGUUAGGUUUAGCAGACUCCCACGGCUACGACCAAUUCCAUCAGCCUUUUAAGAAUUUAACAUUUUUCACAACUAAAAUCAAAUCUUUGGGGUCAUCAAAAUUUGUGUCUGCAGGUCUAUUAUUUCUGGAAGCACUACUGUACUGUGAUCAAUCCUUGUGUAGCAAUGGAAAUGUUAUAGAAGCACAAAAACAUCAUGAACCGGUGGCAUGUGUACGAAUCAGGAACACUCUUCUGCUACAAACUAUAUAUGGCAGUGUAAAGAGUAAAAGAGAUGUGGCUAUAAGUAAUGUGUGUGCAUGUGAAUGUGUUUGGUCCAUUUCAUUAGGAUAUGAGGGUGGAUCCGGAAUUCUUUGCAUAAAAAAUAUAGUUGUUGGUGUUA